UCUAACCCCGGCCGGGCGAGAUGGCUCCCGCAAAGAAGGGCGGCGAGAAGAAGAAGGGCCGGUCCGCCAUCAACGAGGUGGUGACCAGAGAAUACACCAUCAACAUUCACAAGCGCAUCCAUGGAGUGGGUUUCAAGAAGCGUGCCCCUCGGGCACUCAAAGAAAUACGGAAAUUUGCCAUGAAGGAGAUGGGAACUCCAGACGUACGCAUUGACACCAGGCUCAACAAAGCUGUCUGGGCCAAAGGAAUAAGGAAUGUUCCAUACCGUAUCCGUGUGCGGUUGUCCAGAAAACGGAAUGAAGACGAAGAUUCACCAAACAAGCUCUAUACGUUGGUUACCUAUGUACCUGUCACCACUUUCAAAAACCUACAGACAGUUAACGUGGAUGAGAACUAACGGCUGAUUGUCCAAUAAAGUUAUAGAGCUGCAAAAAAAAAAAA